AUGCCAAAGCAAAAGAGGUACAAGAAUCUACUUAAAGCAGCAGCCGCAGCUGCAAAUUCUUCACAAGACAAGUCCACAGUAGCUGCAAAUACAUCACAAGUCAAGUCCGCAGCAGCUGCAAAUUCCUCCCGGAACAAGUCAGCAGCUUCAAAUUCCUCCCGGGAUAAGUCAGCAGCUGCAAGUUCCUCUCGGGACAAGUCGGCAGCAGCUGCAAGUUCCUUUCGGGACAAGUCGGCAGCUUCAAGUUCCUCUCGGGACAAGUCGGCAGCAGCUGCAAGUUCCUCCCGGGACAAGUCGGCAGCUUCAAAUUCUUCUGAGCCAUCAUCAGUUGCUGCAACUAUAUUUGAGCAUCCAUCCGAACCUAAACGUAAACGUGGACGUGAAUCUAAACAUUAUUGGACUGUUGAUGCCAUAGAUGAACACAGAGAUAGUACACGUCUUCAUUUAUUAGUGAAGGAUGUGCAUAAUUUGCCAGAAGGUUUGCGCAUAGUUGUCAAUUUUGAUAAAGAUUAUGCAGCAAUAGGAGAAGCAGCUGGACUCCUUGCAGGAGUUUGUGGGCAAUUGGCCACUGAUUGUGUUGCAUUUCCAAUUAGCUUUGACAAGUGGUUAGACAUUCCAACAAGCUUUUUUGAAAAUCAAUGGAAUAUUUUUUUCCUAGCUCGAUUUUGCUUCAAAGUGAGUGAUAACUUGGCCAAACGAUUUUUGCUCCAAUCGCUUGGCAAAAAAUGGAGGGAACAUAGGAUAAAGCUUUGGAAUGAUUUUUAUGAUCCGAGGUUGAGUAAAACCGAGAUCAUAAAUAAUGCACCAGAAGAUAUUGCUCCUGAUCAAUGGGCUUUAUUCGUAGAAUAUCGUUUGAAGCCUGAAACUCAGUCAAUGUUGUUGAAGAGUGAUUUUGAUUUCUGGGUGUCUCUAGAGUUGCCAGAUGUUCUGAUCUUUAUUUUUACAAUUGAACUAUUGGCUGCGGGACAGUCUUAA